AUGCUUGGUACGGUAGCGUGGCGUCGAUUUAGCCGAGAGGCACGUGCUCGUUUUCUUGAGUUGUCUACAAAAUCGGAAGCAAAGCCACACGUGCCAUCGGCAGAGACUAGUGAAACUAUCAAAGAGCUAACCGAUGAAGUUCCACCACCUCGGCCAGCAAAUAAGCCCAUUUCGAAAGGCAGCAGCGCCGUGUUGAUUCCGCUAGUUUCGAGGGCUGACCAUGGGGAUUCGGUACUUUUCACAAAACGCUCAUUGCUUCUGAAAGAUCAUCGCGGGGAGAUAUGCUUCCCAGGAGGGCGCGUGGAAAAUGACGAAUCACUUGAGGAAGCGGCUACCCGAGAGCUUGAAGAAGAGAUCGGAAUCCGGGCAUCGCUGAUCGACAUUUGGGGCCAAAUGCAUUCGGUGCCAACGCGACAAAACGGCCGCCCGGUGACCCCAAUCGUCGGGGAGAUCCGAGAAGAUCACCUCAGCUCCAUAAAGCCCAAUCAUGAUGAGGUUGAUUCUGUCUUCACCGUACCCAUCGACGAGCUGGUCCGCUCGACAGAAUAUACCGUAUUCUCGCACAACAAGGUCCUCUACACGAUGCCGAUUUUUCGAGUACGGAAAUAUGCGGUACUAGCCAAAACUCAAGAUUCUCGACUCGUAGAAGGGCGUGAAGUUCGUGUCUGGGGCCUGACCUCCGUGAUGCUCCACUUCUUCCUCCUCCACAUGUUUCCGGGCCAAUAUUCCAACCGUUUAGCACCCGCAAACUUUUUCCGCGUCCGCCGAUUG